GCUGAUUAACAGCCGUUGCUGGUAGUCGGAAUCCAACCCGCAGCAUGGAUCAGGUCUUGUAUCCAUGGCAGCAGGGUAUUUAUUACAGUUCCUACCACUCUCCACCCAGGAUUGGCGGACUUUAGCCCUUAAUCAAAUAGAAAAGUAGGAGAACACAGGGACUGACUCUCUGACCACCAGAUAUAAAACAAAGGGGGGGAGAUUCUUUAGCAAAUGGCAAAAUUUCUGUCCCAGGAUCAAAUUAAUGAAUUCAAGGAAUGCUUUUCUCUAUAUGACAAGAAACAAAAAGGCAAGAUAAAUGCCAGCGACCUAAUCACAGUGAUGCGUUGCCUGGGAACCAGCCCAACUCCGGGAGAGGUAGAGACACAUCUUCAAGGGCAUAAAAUUGACAGAAAGGCAGAAGUGGAUUUUUCCACUUUCCUGACCAUAAUGUACAGGCAAAUGCAGCAGGAAGACCCUGGGAAGGAAAUCCUGGCGGCCCUAGCAAUGAUGGACAAGCAGAAGAAGGGUUUCAUCACCGCUUCCGAGCUGAGAGCCAAACUCACCAGGCUGGGAGAAAAGCUCUCGGAGGAUGAAGAUGACCUUCUAAGAGAAGCUAAAAUUGCACCAAAUGGGAUGAUGAAAUAUGAAGAAUUCAUCCACACCAUCACCCUUCCUGUUACAGACGACUGAAUUUCAGAAUGACAAGACUGCCUCGGGUGGGGAAAAGGGCAAGCUUUUCCAGCUUACGUUUUCCUGGGUCACUUUUGGGCUCACUGGAAUUAGCACUGCUUGCCUUUAAGGAUCUAUAUUUUGCCUUCUUAGAGUGAAAUGUUUAUGUCUGAACAGGUUUUUCCCGUUGCAAGGCCUGGCCACACCUUCCUUGUCAGUUGGAAUGGAGCGUCAUGUCAAACACUGGAUGUAGUAUUUUAAAUGAAUUGAAUGCCAUGUUACAUGCAAUAAAGCUUAUCAUGCUUAAAACUCACUCAUUGGUAAUUAAAAACACGGUUAUAAAGAGGACAGUUUUUUGGCAGAGCAAAAUCAGCCACCUACCUUAAUGUCACAGGGAGAUGGUUCUUCUGAGGAGUAAAGAAAGAACAAACAGGUAUUUGGUCUGACUCUGUGAGCCUGUGGUAUCCAACUAUUCCCUGUGUCUGAGGUAUCCUAGGGUGCUUGACUAUGCUACCCAUAAACUUUGACAAGUUUGGAAUGACCAUGCAUAUCGCUCACACCACUGCCUGGAUACACACAAUCUACUGAUCAGUCACUUGCUGUUAUGAAGAAGCCGAGCCAACACACCAGAGGGAAGGGGAGCUCAGAACCCUGUUGGCUAUCUGGAUGAGGACAGUGGUCAAGCAGAUAGAUGUGAGUUCUUCCAAAAAAUCACAGCAACAUGAGCCAUAUUACUCUUCAAGCAUGAUAAGGGGUUCCCUGUGCAGCAUCACUUCACUCAUCCAGAUUCUUGGAGAGCGGAAAACAAAGAUCUCCAUACUCCCAUGCUUAUGACUUUUUAUUAAUUAGGAAGCUACUUCAACUUGCAAUUUCAUAGGAAAUCUCCAUAAAGUUGAAAACUUUUCUCUCUCCAUGAAGUUGGUCCAAUAAAUGAUAUUACGUCACCCAUGUUGUCUCUCUGUGAAGUUAAACACCCACCGCGACUCCUGAGGCAGGAGAAUAUGGGCUUUGCAUAAGAAAUCUCAAUCCUAUGAAAAGAGCCAUAGUCCUUGGCUGAGACGCUGUGGGAUAACUGCCCAGAACAUACUCCUAAAAACACUUCGGCAGUGUGGACACAAUACAAUUGUGAUGGCAGAAAUGUGCAGCCCAGUCAGGAUUGUAAACUAGGAUGAUCAAACUUUCAGUGGAGUGGGCUGAAUAAAUGCCUUGGUGCCCAGCAGAUCUGCUGUCAAUGGGAGGUUGGCACAGACUGUGGUCUUUAUCUAGUAACUGAACUUGUAAUUGUUAUCUCUUCAGUACAUUGACAAGAUAAUAUACUCCCUGCUAGGAUCACUAUUUCUGUCCAUUGGUGCUCUUCCUCCCCACUCCUCCUUUCUUCCCUGCAACUCUGCAAUUCCCAUCCUCCUCUCAUUCCCUUUAUCAGAUGAUCAGCAAUGAAGUAGUUAAUGUAGAUAUCCGCGUUA